AUGGCUCCCAUUAGAUUUGGCAUUCCUCUCUAUCCCUACCAAGCGAUUGACGUUAUGGGAUCCCUUGAUGUUAUCGCUGGGUCCCAGAUAAACAUGCUUAAGAUAUGCGAAGAUAUGGGCUUGAUUUCCAAAGACGCUCACAAGAAAGGCAUGGAGCUUGAGUUCUACCACAUACAAGACUCUAGCACUGGAAUCGCGCCAAUGAAACUAGAUCUUGAGAACAUCAGCGUGUUUGGCAAUACGACAUGUGCCGACUGUCCGCCGCUAGACUAUUUACUUCUGGGUGGACCUAUGCCGGACUACAAAAUGCCGGACGAGAUGAUUAAUUUUAUCAAAGACCGUGUAGCAAAGAAAGAAAUCAAGACUGUUUUCACUACUUGCACAGGCUCCCUGGUGCUCGCCCAAACGGGUCUCUUGGAUGGGAGGCGCGCAGCGGUCAAUCACAACGGCAUUACCUUGGCUGAGAAACUUUAUCCCGCGGUUAAUUGGGUGAAAAGAAGCGACAAGUUGAAUUGGGUGGUAGAUGGGAAUAUAUGGACUGCGACUACAGCGGUUACAGGGAUGGAUAUGUUUUCGCACUGGUUACUUGACCAGUGCGGCUUGGAAAUUACUAAGAUUUCUUUGGAUCUGCUGGGACAUGGUCUUCGAGGAGUGGACGGAAAACCUGUUGAAUUAUAG